AUGGCUUCAUUUAGACCGUUACCUGUAAUGAAUUAAAUUAGAUAAUAAAGAUUCAUCCACCUAGAAUCUAAAUGUAACCUGGAGCACCUUAAUUUGCUACAGUAAUAAUUGAAACACCUCCAAGAAAAUAACCAGCGCCAAUUUAAAUAGAGUUUGAUGAAGGAUUGAUAACUAGAAUGUAAGAAGAAAUUGAUGUGUGGAGAAACAAAUAUUUCUAAUUAGAAUUAUAAUUUUAAAUAAAUGCUGGAGAAUUAAAGAAGGUGAUAAUUUCAUUUAAUUAUUAGAUUGAUUAUUUAGAAGGAAGAAUUAAAGUACUUUAAGAUGCAAUAAAACAAUUAAAUAUAGAAAAUAGAGCAUAAAUAAAUUCAAAUGAAAUUUUAAGAGUAAAAUGUGAUGAACUUGAAUUAGAAAAUUAAGAUCUCAAAAUGGCAAGAUAAGAAAAUAAACGUUUAAGAGAAUUGUUAGAUGAUGCACAUAAUGAGCUAUCAUAGGUAUAUUGGUUAAUUAUGUUUUAGGCUAAAUAAACAAUUGCUAACUAUGAAGAUUAAUUAGCAGAUUUAGCAAUAAAAGAUUAAGUAAUAAAAGAGUAAAAAGAUAAAAUUAACCAAUUAUUAUAAGAAAUAGAAUUUUGGAAAAAGAGAUAUUAAUAAUUAGAUGUAGAUAGAAUAAAAGGUAUAGAAGAAUUUAAGAAGAGUAGUGAAACUUUAAGAAAUUCAUAAUUUAAUGAGUUAAGAAGAAGCGGAUCUAUGCAAGUUUAGGGAUAUCAAAAUGAAUUAAAAAACUUAAGAGUAUAAUUAGAAAGAUUGUAAUAAGAGAAUAAUGAGUUAAAAGAUACUAUUCAUUAAUUAGAGAGUACUAAAAAUGGUUAGAAUUCAUAAUUUAAGGAAGUGAGUUCUAAACUUGAAAGUUCUAAUAAAGAGAUUAAGAGAUUAAAUGAUAUAUUACUUUAGAGAGGUUAAUAAAAUAAACAAUUAGAAUUAAGAAUUAAAGAACUUGAAAGAUAAGUGAGUGAAAAAAAUAUCUUGAAAGAAGAAAUUGAUAAAUUAAGAUAAUAAUUGAAUGAUAAAAAUAAAUAGUUGUAAGAUUAACAUAAUUAAAUAACACAAUUGAAUAAUAGAAUAGCAGAGUUAGAGCGUUUAUUAUAAGAAUCUAAAUAAUAUAAAGAAAAGAUUUAAUAAUUAUAGACUGAAAUAGCAUAAUUGAAAGCAAUUAUUAAGGGAAAGGAAGAGGAGAUUUCUAUUUUGAAUUAGAAGAUUAUAAAUUUAACUGAUUAACUUAAAGAAAUAGAUAAAAUUAUUUAAGAAAAAUAUGCUUUAGAAAAUAAAGUAGCAAUGCUUGCAACAGAAAUUGAAAGAAAGGGAGCUCAAUUAAAAAAUAAAGAUAAAACUAUUGAUGAAUUAAGAGAAAAUUUAGAUUAAAAUAAUCAUACUCUUGCAGAAGUUGAAUAAUUAUAAUAAGAUAUAGAAUCAUUACAUCUGGAACUUAAAGGAAAAGAUGAUUUAAUUAAAGAACUUGAUUAACAGUAUCAUGAUGCUCUUAAAUAUUAAGAAUAAGUAUCUUAAUUAGAAACAUAAGUAUUUGAUUUAUAAGGAAAAGUGGCAAUGCUUUCUUCUGAAAUUGAAAGGUAAAGAAUUAAAUUAGAUAAAUAUAAGAAAGAUUAUGAUGGUUAAUAAGAUAAAAUAAAUUAAUUAAAUGAUAUUAAAUAUGAUUUUGAAUCAAUGUAAGAAGCUUUAUAAAGAUACAAAUCAUAAGAAGAUCAAUAAUAACAUGAAUAUGAUAGUUGGAGAGAAUUAUUAAAAAAGGCUGAUCUUGAAUCUGCUGAAUUAUAAAAAACUUAAGAGACAUUAUCCAGUGAAAAACAAAUAGCAUAAGAUUAAUAUGAAAAGUUGAAUGAAUAAAUUGAUGAAUUAAAUAAAUUACUUUAAGAAGAAAGAUCUAAAAUAGAAGGUUUACAUAAAGAAAUAGAAAAAUACUAAGAUUUAGAAAAUAAAGUUUAUGAAAUGUAAAAUAAAACAGCUAUGCUAUCAGCAGAAAUUGAAAGAAGAAGUGUUAAAGAAAAAACAAAAUAAUAAUAAUUUGAUGAGUUAUAAUAACAUUCAAAAUAACAAUAAGAUGAUUUAGAAAAAUUAUUUUAAAUUGAAUAGGAAAAUGAAACAUUAAAUGAGGCUAUAAAAAAAACUUAAGAUGAAAUUGUUACAUUGUAAAAAUUAUAAGAUGAAACAUAAGAAAAAUAUGAAAAGGUCUUAUCAGAAAGAGGAAAUCUAGAAAAUAAGGUAGCUAUGUUGUCAACUGAAAUUGAAAGAUAAUCAUAUAGAUUAAAAAAUAAAAUAGAAGAAUGCUCAUAAUUGAAUGAAAAAAAUUAAGUAUUAUAAGGUGAAGUAUUAAGACUUUAAGAUUUACCAGCUCAAGUUGAAGAUUUGACUUAAUAAGUUGAAGAAUUAAGAAAUUUAUUAAAUGAAGCUGAUUUAAAAUAAGUUAAAUUAACUUAAGAUUUAGAUUCUGUUGCUCAUGAAAAAGCAUUAAUUGAAGCUGAAAUUUAGAAACAUUAAGAUGAAGCUAAAUUGUAAUAACAAUUAACUGAAGAAGCUAAAAAAUAAUUGGCUAAUUUCACUGAAAAAUUCAAGAGUGUUGAAGAUGAAAAUAGUUCACUUAGAACUUUAGAAUCUAAAUUAUCAGAAUAUUAAAUGAAAACUGCUCUGUUGGCUUCUUAAAUUGAAGCUUAAAAUAAAAAAUAUUAAGGUAAACUAGAUGAAAUGGCUACUUUACAAUAAAAUUAUAAUGAUCUUAAAGCUCAUUAAUUAGAUGUAGAAGAUAUAUAAGGAGAAUUAGAAAGAACUAUAACUAUUUUAAAUGAAAAGGAUNGGCAAUGCUUUCUUCUGAAAUUGAAAGGUAAAGAAUUAAAUUAGAUAAAUAUAAGAAAGAUUAUGAUGGUUAAUAAGAUAAAAUAAAUUAAUUAAAUGAUAUUAAAUAUGAUUUUGAAUCAAUGUAAGAAGCUUUAUAAAGAUACAAAUCAUAAGAAGAUCAAUAAUAACAUGAAUAUGAUAGUUGGAGAGAAUUAUUAAAAAAGGCUGAUCUUGAAUCUGCUGAAUUAUAAAAAACUUAAGAGACAUUAUCCAGUGAAAAACAAAUAGCAUAAGAUUAAUAUGAAAAGUUGAAUGAAUAAAUUGAUGAAUUAAAUAAAUUACUUUAAGAAGAAAGAUCUAAAAUAGAAGGUUUACAUAAAGAAAUAGAAAAAUACUAAGAUUUAGAAAAUAAAGUUUAUGAAAUGUAAAAUAAAACAGCUAUGCUAUCAGCAGAAAUUGAAAGAAGAAGUGUUAAAGAAAAAACAAAAUAAUAAUAAUUUGAUGAGUUAUAAUAACAUUCAAAAUAACAAUAAGAUGAUUUAGAAAAAUUAUUUUAAAUUGAAUAGGAAAAUGAAACAUUAAAUGAGGCUAUAAAAAAAACUUAAGAUGAAAUUGUUACAUUGUAAAAAUUAUAAGAUGAAACAUAAGAAAAAUAUGAAAAGGUCUUAUCAGAAAGAGGAAAUCUAGAAAAUAAGGUAGCUAUGUUGUCAACUGAAAUUGAAAGAUAAUCAUAUAGAUUAAAAAAUAAAAUAGAAGAAUGCUCAUAAUUGAAUGAAAAAAAUUAAGUAUUAUAAGGUGAAGUAUUAAGACUUUAAGAUUUACCAGCUCAAGUUGAAGAUUUGACUUAAUAAGUUGAAGAAUUAAGAAAUUUAUUAAAUGAAGCUGAUUUAAAAUAAGUUAAAUUAACUUAAGAUUUAGAUUCUGUUGCUCAUGAAAAAGCAUUAAUUGAAGCUGAAAUUUAGAAACAUUAAGAUGAAGCUAAAUUGUAAUAACAAUUAACUGAAGAAGCUAAAAAAUAAUUGGCUAAUUUCACUGAAAAAUUCAAGAGUGUUGAAGAUGAAAAUAGUUCACUUAGAACUUUAGAAUCUAAAUUAUCAGAAUAUUAAAUGAAAACUGCUCUGUUGGCUUCUUAAAUUGAAGCUUAAAAUAAAAAAUAUUAAGGUAAACUAGAUGAAAUGGCUACUUUACAAUAAAAUUAUAAUGAUCUUAAAGCUCAUUAAUUAGAUGUAGAAGAUAUAUAAGGAGAAUUAGAAAGAACUAUAACUAUUUUAAAUGAAAAGGAUAAAGAACAUGGUUUAUAUGAUAAAAAAAUUUAAGAUUUAGAAGCAUAAAUCAAAUAACUAGAAGAUAUUAAAGUAUUCUUUCAAUUAAUAAUAUUAGUAUUAACUUGAAAGUAAAAUGGCUAUGGUUAGUAGUGAAGUUGAAAGAGUUAAGUACAAAUAUGAAAAAUUAUAGAAGGAAUAUGAAGAGAAUCAUUAAAGAUUAUUAGAAGCUGAAGAACAUUUAGUAGAAAAUAAUAAAGAGGUUUAAGCUUUAGAAGAUGUAAUAUAUAUAUAUCUAUAAUUUAAAGGAAUUACAUUAAACUUAAUAAGAAUUAGCCUAAGCUAGAAAAACACAAUGA